CGAGAAUACCUACAAAACAUUGCCGAUCAGCCACAGAGUCAUCAUUCAGAGUCGUCUCUUAGUCGCAGACACACGAACUCCUCCAAAUCAGCUAAGAUGAUCCGCUACAUGCUCGUCGCCUCCGCCGUCCUGGCCUGCGCCUACGGUGCCGCCACCUACAACCCGAAUGCUGAUGCCACCAUCGUCAAGUUCGACUCCGACUUCCAGCCCGAGGGCGACUACAAAUACCACUACGAGACCAGCAACGGCAUUUCCGCCGCGGAGGCCGGAAGUUUGCGAAACGAAGCCAUCGGAGAAUUCUCCUGGACCUCGCCCGAGGGUCAGCUCGUCAAGAUCUCGUACGUGGCCGGCGAGAACGGCUACCUGCCCGAGGGAGAUCUCUUGCCCACUCCUCCCCCAAUCCCAGAUGCCAUCCUUAAGAGCUUGGAGUACAUCCGCACCCAUUAAGCAGAAUCGGGAGUCAAAUGUGACAACAUUCAUAUGAAGCGCUUUAUUACAAAUCGUAAAAAUGUUAAUGUAGAAAUGAAAUAAACGACGAAGAUGUAAAGAAAACAA